CCACCAAAAAUAUGACAGACAAAAUGGAAGAAAAUGAGAAACAGAGAGAGGUCUCCAAGGUAUUGAUAAGGUAUUCACUUAUAUAUCUUCUACUUUUCCAUUCCUCAAUAUGGAUAGAGCAAGUGGAUCAUCUUCUUCCUCAUGUUUUAGAUGGACUUUUGAUGUCUUUUUAAGCUUUCGAGGGGAAGAUACUCGAUCCAACUUCACCAGUCAUCUUAAUAUGGCUUUGCGUCAAAGAGGAAUCAAUGUUUUUAUAGAUAACAGGAUUUCAAGGGGUCAAGAAAUUUCUGCAUCUCUUUUCGAAGCUAUUGAAGAAUCCAAGAUCUCCAUCGUUAUUAUCUCCCAAAAUUAUGCAUCUUCCAGUUGGUGUUUGAAUGAAUUGGUGAAAAUCAUUAUGUGUAAGGAAUUGAGAGGACAAGUUGUUUUACCAAUUUUUUACAAAGUGAAUCCAUCUCAAGUACGGAAACAAAAUGGAGCAUUUGGAGAAGCAUUUGCCGAACUUGAAGUUAGAUUCUUUGACAAGAUGCAAGCAUGGGGAGAGGCUUUGACUGCUGUUUCCCAUAUGUCUGGAUGGGUGGUUCUUGAGAAAGAUGAUGAGGCUAAUUUGAUACAAAAAAUUGUUCAACAAGUCUGGAAGAAAUUAACUUGUUCAACAAUGCAGUUGCCUGUAACUAAAUAUCCAGUUGGAAUUGACAGACAAUUUGAGAAUCUGCUCUCUCAUGUUAUGAUUGAUGGAACUAGAAUGGUUGGAUUGCAUGGAAUUGGAGGUAUGGGCAAGACAACUUUGGCCAAAACAUUAUACAAUCGGAUUGCUGAUGACUUUGAAGGCUGUUGUUUUUUAGCAAAUAUUAGAGAAGCUUCAAAGCAACACGAGGGACUUGUUCGACUCCAAGAGAAACUACUUUAUGAGAUUUUAAUGGAUGACUUUAUUAGAGUUAGUGAUCUUUACAAAGGAAUCAACAUCAUAAGGAAUCGACUAUGCUCCAAAAAGAUUCUCUUAAUUCUUGAUGAUAUAGAUACCAGUGAACAACUACAGGUAUUAGCUGGAGGAUACGAUUGGUUUGGAUAUGGAAGUAAGGUCAUUGUGACAACAAGAAACGAACACUUACUUGAUAUCCAUGGAUUUAAUAAAUUGCGAAGUGUUCCUGAAUUGAAUUAUGGUGAAGCUCUUGAGCUUUUUAGCUGGCAUGCUUUUCAGUGUAGUAGUCCACCAACCGAGUAUUUACAACUUUCAAAAGAUGCUGUAAAUUAUUGUAAAAAUCUUCCCUUGGCGCUUGAAGUUUUAGGUUCAUUCCUUUAUUCAACUGAUCAAUCCAAAUUUAAAGGUAUAUUGGAGGAAUUUGCAAUCUCCAACCUUGACAAAGACAUCCAAAAUCUUCUUCAAGUAAGUUACGAUGAACUUGAAGGUGAUGUACAAGAAAUGUUCUUGUUUAUUUCUUGUUUCUUUGUGGGAGAAGAUAAAACCAUGGUUGAAACGAUGUUGAAGAGUUGUGGUUGUUUAUGUUGGGAAAAGGGAAUUCAAAAACUCAUGAAUCUAUCACUUCUUACUAUUAACCAAUGGAACAAAGUUGAAAUGCAUGACUUAAUACAACAAUUGGGUCACACAAUCGCACGUUCAAAGACUUCUAUAUCUCCUUCAGAAAAAAAAUUAUUGGUUGGAGAUGAUGCUAUGCAUGUGCUAGAUGGCAUUAAGGAUGCAAGAGCAGUUAAAGCCAUAAAGUUAGAAUUUCCUAAACCGACAAAGUUGGACAUUAUUGAUUCAACGGCUUUUAGAAAAGUAAAGAACCUUGUAGUACUCAAAGUGAAGAAUGUCAUAUCUCCAAAAAUUAGUACUCUUGAUUUUCUACCUAAUAGCUUAAGGUGGAUGAGUUGGUCUGAAUUUCCUUUUUCAUCAUUUCCUUCAAGCUACUCAAUGGAGAACCUUAUUCAACUCAAAUUGCCACAUAGCGCCAUCCAACAUUUUGGAAGAGCAUUUAUGGAACAUGUAGAUGGACACUUCAAACAACUCAUAUUAAUGAAUUGUGAUAUUCCAGAUUGGUUCAGUUACAAGAGUAGAAACAAUCACAUAACGAUUUUUAUGCCAUCCAAUGAUCCAAGUUGGGAAAUGAAGGUUUUUGCUCCUUGUGUCAAAUUCCAAGUUAAUCAUGUUGACCGGAAUCGUUAUAUGGAUCUUGAAUGUAAAAUGUUCAUAAACGACAUUCAAGUAUGGAGUUCUGAAGAAGUACCCUGUCUUGAAGAAUCGAGAAGGAUAUUGAUAGAAGAAUCACCAUAUGAGUAUAUGUGGUUAUUAGUACUAUAUCCUCAUAUAGAUUUCCCACUAAAUUCGGAAGAUAUUGUCAAGAGAUCACAGGAGUACUUUAAUCUACAUCAGCCAAGUUUUGGGAUCAAUUCCAUGGGAAGGGACAAUAAUAAUUGUAAUGUAGAUGAUGAUCGGAGGAAUCAUUUUGGGGAGAGUAUUUGGAGGAAAUUUACGGUGUCAUUUGGUGUCAAUUCCAAAUUUAAAGACUCCCAAGUAAGUAUAAAAAGGUGUGGUGUUCAUGUCAUCAUGGAGGAAUGGCGAGACUGAUGUAGCCUGAAUGUAAAAGAACAAUCAAAUGAAAUUUAUACUAAAAGUACUAAGUAUUACAAGUGAAAAAAUCGAGUGGAUCCACCGGAAGCACGAAGAUUAAUUUGUCAAAGUUAUUUUUUUAAUUACAGUGAUAAAAUAUGAGGUUUGGUUUGGUUUGAGAUUCAAGUGAAUAAAGUGGAAGAAAAAUAAAGAGAUUUGCAAUAUAGUUAAAACAUUGUAGUAUAGAGGAAUGAAAUCACCCAAUGCAGUUUUGAA